CUAAGGAGGACGUUCUCAUCAUCAGCGUUAAUAUAUUAAUAUCAUACGAUCCCAGAAUCAUGACAUGGAUGCCGAGGGCAUGAUUACCCGAGAAUUGAGACCUUUUUCGGUUUUUUUUUUUUUUUCCUUCUUCGCUGCAACUGCUUGAUGAUCUUGAGAUAUUAGCCCUUGAAGGCAUUCCCCUGCAGGGACCAAGUCGAGCUGCUUUCGCUUAUACCUCCAUCAUCCUCCUGCACAUCACUGCCACUUCAUUCCCACCAUUUUUUGGGGAAGAAUUUACGAUUCCCGAUAAAGGAACAGUGUUCAUUGGCAUCAAAUUUCAAGCUGGGGUAAUUUUACCCUUUAAAAUCGGGUCAGGCUGCGAAUUGAUGAGGAGCAGGCAGAAUUCUUGAAAUGGCGGCGGUGGCGGCGGCGGCUUUUGUCUUCUUCUAAAAGUCAACGUUCUAAAGAAGAGUCGGUCGACCUCAAUCGUUGGAUUAAGUCGGUGGGACGGAAUCUUCUUCUAUUCCCCAGAUGCCACUUCCCCUUCUUCCGAGAUCAUCGCUGCAUUUUGCAGCUCGGGAAUUGGCGCGAUUGCUGAGACGCUGCAGCUCCCUGAAGCAGCUGCUCCAAGUUCACUCCUUUAUCCUCACCCGGGGCCUCCUCCUUCAAGAGGACGGCGCUCUUCUCGGCGAUCUGAUCGGAGCCGCUUCGUCUCUGGGUUUCUCCGAUUACGCCUAUCUGAUCUUCACCCACAAGGCAUACCCCAGCACUCGCCUCUCUAACGCCAUAAUCAACUCCCUCUCCCAGGGGGGUUCCCCUCGCGAUGCGGUUCUUGAGUUCGGCAGGAUCCGGGCUUCUGGCCUCCAGCCCGACUCGUAUUCAUUCCCCUUUGUGCUGAGGGCCGCCGCUCGGUUACCGGGAAUUGAACCGGGCAGACAAGUCCAUUGCCAGGCGAUUGGAGCUGGGUUUGAUUGCGAUGUCCAUGUCGCGACAGCUCUGGUCCAGUUCUACUCUGCGAGCGGGCGCAUCUCCAAUGCUAGGAGAGCAUUCGAUGAAAUGUCUAGCUCCGGAUUCCUUCCUCUGUGGAAUGCAAUGAUCGCAGGUCUCGUGAGGGCCGGUGAAGCCAACUCUGCAGCCGAGGUAUUCGAGACAAUGCCUGCGAGGAAUGUAAUAACUUGGACUACACUCAUCGCCGGUUUCUCUCAGCUCAACAGGCCCAAAGAAGCUGUCGAGAUCUUUCACAGAAUGCAGCUCGAGGGCCCAAAACCUGAUGAGAUCACGAUGUCGGCUCUUCUCUCAGCAUGUGCCGAGCUGGGCGCUCUCGAACUUGGAGAGUGGGCCCGCGGCUAUAUCGGUAGAAGCCGUCUUAACUGGACCAUCCCACUCAAUAAUGCCCUCAUAGACAUGUACUCGAAGUCAGGAAAAGUUGACGAGGCAGUUCGGGUUUUCGAAGGCAUGAAGAGGAAGAAUAUAAUAUCUUGGACCACAAUGAUCGCAGGCCUCUCCCUUAACGGGAUGGGGAAGGAAGCUCUAGAUAUGUUCAACCGAAUGCAACAGGAUCAAGUUUUGCCGAACGACAUCACUUUCAUUGCCGUCCUCUCUGGUUGCUGCCACAGUGGGCUGGUCCAAACAGGAUUCCAGGUUUUCGAGAUAAUGCGCAGCAGAUACUCGAUGGAGCCCAAGAUUGAGCACUAUGGGUGUAUGAUCGAUCUGCUUGGGCGGGGAGGCCAUCUCCGUGAAGCAGAGGAUAUGCUUAGGAGCAUGCCACACAAGGCAAAUGCAGCAAUUUGGGGGUCUCUCCUUGCCGCUGCCCGGACUCAUGGUGAUACAGGACUAGCAGAACGGGCCUUGGAGAGGUUGGCGGAGCUAGAGCCCGAGAACAGCGGUAACUUUGCGCUCCUAUCGAACUUGUACGCAGGCCUGGGCAGGUGGAAAGACGCUGGAAUGGUAAGGAAGGUGCUGAGGGACAUGGGAACGAAGAAGAAGCGUGGGUGGAGUUCAAUUGAACUCAAUGGGGAGGUUUGCGAGUUCAUGGCCGAGGACGGAUCGCAUGUUCAGUCUGGGAUCAUAUACGAGGUUCUGCUCAAGAUUAACGGGCAACUGAAGGUGGUUGGAGAUGUGAAAGAGGAGGGAAAUGAUAAAUUUGAUUGAAGGGUCGAUUGUUGGGCCUCAGAGGCUGCAGGUCCCCAAGAUAAGCCCCGGACAUGCAUAGGUUUGAGAUCAACACCGGAAAGAAUCUGCCAGCAAUCAACAAAUACUUGUGUGAGAGGUCGCUUCCGCUAAAAAUGCGGUUUCGAGGGGGAGCACUUUCAACAUUAGGGUGUAUCUGUGAUGAAUGCCGAAGAGAUGUACACCGUACAUCCUCAUAUUCUCUUGUUCAUCUUCAUAUGCCGGCCCGAGCAAAUGGAAUCUAUGUGAAUUGGAGCUUUCAACCAUAUCAUUAUGCUUUCCUGCA